ACGCCCAUGUUCUUCUUCCUGCUCAACCUAGCCCUCAGCGACCUGGGUUCCAUCUGCACCACUGUCCCCAAAGCCAUGCACAAUUCCCUCUGGGACACCACCACCAUCUCCUACAAUGGAUGUGCCACACAGGUUUUCUUCUUUCUUUUCUUUAUCAUAGCAGAGUAUUUUCUCCUGACCAUCAUAUGCUACAACCGCUACAUGUCCAUCUGCAAAGCCCUGCACUACGGGACCCUCCUGGGCAGCAGAGCUUCCCCAUCCAUCUCCUUCCCAUCCCUGGAUCUGUCCCUGUCAGUUGUAUACUCAGUGGGGUCUCCAGCUCUGAACCCCCUCAUCUGCAGCCUGAGGAACCAGGAGCUCAAGGCUGCAGUGUCGAGACUGAGCAUUGGGUGGUUUCAGAAACAUUGA